GCCAAUCACAUGUCGUUCCAAAAAUAGUGCGGUCACCCUUUAUAUGAAAUACGCGAUGUGAUUUAUUCAAACAUUUCAGCGCCAACACCAUCGUGAUCGACGAAGUUUGCGGCACGCCGAUACAUAUAGCGAUACUAGGAAAAAUGCAUCCGCCGUCGGCGUCUUUUCUUGGUGGACUUCGCAUGUACAAGAUUGUUUUGCUUGGCGAAGGAGGGGUGGGAAAAUCAGCUCUCACCAUGCAGUUUGUGUCUCAUUGCUUCUUGGAUUAUCACGAUCCCACCAUUGAGGAUGCAUAUCAGCGCCAAGCUGUCAUAGAUGGUGAGUCAGGACUCUUAGACAUUUUGGAUACAGCUGGACAGCAAGAGUUCACGGCCAUGAGAGAACAAUGCAUGCGUAGUGGUGAAGGGUUUGUCAUAAUGUAUUCUAUCACAGACAGACAGAGUUUCCGUGAAGCUGCACAAGCUAAGAAACAAAUUGAAAGAGUGAGAAGAUCAGAGGAGAUACCCGUGGUUCUUGUUGCUAACAAAAUUGACUUGGAAAGCAAGAGGGUAGUAACAACUGAAGAGGGACAAGCUUUAGCACAGGAGUUUGACUGCCCAUUUUUUGAAACCUCUGCUGCCCUGCGGCAUUUUGUGGAUGAUGUAUUCCACACUUUAGUCCGACAGAUACGCAGGAAGGAAAGGCUGGGUAUGAAGACAGCCCAAAAGAACAAAAAACUACGUCACAGGGCAAGCACCAUUGUGCAGAACUUUUUCAGGCGUCAAAAGAAAAGAACAUAAGAACAACAACAGUGGUGUACAAGAAGAGAACCUUUUUAGUCAGAUCAGAGUGAUCUCGUGAAACAGAUUCUAGUUUAAGAGUGAGACAUUUCAUUGCUCUCUAAAUCUUACAGUUUCUUUUCUUUUCAGUUGUCUCUAAUAGACACAGACAAUCUAUUCUUUACAAAAAAAUUCAAAUUAUAUUAUUAUUAACAGUCUUCAGUUAAAAAACUUUAAUGAAGAUGUAGAUUGCUUUAAAAAGCAUCUAAGCCUUGUAGUCUUCAAGAAAAAUACCAAAAACAUAGAUUCUUAGAUUUUCUUGUUUUUUACAAGCUGUCUUGAAUAAAUUCAAGGGCUCAGAGUAUAGUUAUAGCAUGCUUUUGCAUAAUCAAUAAAAGAGGGGACGGAAAAAGGGGGAACCAUCUUUUCCCUCUAUUGCAGGGUCCACAAUGUAGAGGUGAGGUUAAUUAUACUACCCAAGUUUUGUCAAGUAGAAAAAUUGAGAUUUAUUAUCGAACUUUGAUUAGUUGUGAUUUUGUACAAAGUAAAUGAAUCGAGUCACUGUCAGAGUCUUAGUUCAUACAUGGUCAUGUAAGAAUUAAUAUGCCUAGAGUGCAUUUUAAUUUAUUUAUACAGGUGUACUGUUUUCAGUUGUGUAAAUAGGUGUUUAAAAUUAGUAUUGCUUUUUGUCUGAAUGCAAGUGUAAGUAAGGACACUGCUUGUGAUGUUUGAAAAUUCUUGCACAAGCCUGUAGACAAGUGAAAUUUGAAAGAAAAUUCAAGUAUCACAAGUAGUGUAAAAAUCCUUAAUUCGUCGAACUUUUCAUGUGGUUACUCAUUAAUUUUAUGUCUUGACUGAUUAAUUUGCAUUGCAGCGCAAAUUAAUGUGCAUGUGUUUGUAUGAUUAAUUGGCCUGCUCUCAGCCAAUCAUGUUACUCCAUUGUGAUAGCUAGGCUGAAACAAUGCAAAUUUAUCAUUUCUGAACUUACACUGUAAUGCAAAGUAAUACAGGCACAUUCAUAAUGUUCUUAGUCAUAUGGUAAUUAGUAAACAUUUGAGGGCUCUAGCAAUUUUAGGAUUUUACAUACUACUUGUGAUUUUUGGAAAUUAUUUCAAAUUGUACUAGCGUAUUAACGGCUUGUGUAAUUUUGAGUGGAUUUUCAAAUAUCACUUGUUAAGUGUAAAUUAAUGAUUGUACUCACAUUCAUAUGAUUUCCUAUACUAAUUCACAAUUCCAAAAUGUGUUUUAAACUAGGUUAAGUGCAUUAAAUUAAAUUGGUCACCUCUUUCUAAAGUUAAUUCAGAUUUAAGAGAGUGUUUCUCUCACUUACUCACUAAGACAUCGAGGAAGCAAUCACUGAAACCAAUCAGGAAGAGGUGUUUAUUUAAAUUUGCCAUGUUCCAAGAACUUAAUUUUUGUAACAAAUAAUCUUUAUUUAUAUCAAGCAGGAAAAAUCCACUUUACCCCCUCUUUCUUUCAUUGCUGUAUAUAGAAAUUUUUGAGAAAGUUAAUAGUAAGUAACAUACGCUUUUUGUAUUGCAGAAGCUGGUCCAGAGUAAUAACGUAGUAGUGUUAUCCUUGAUCUGUACAAUUUACAAUGUAACGAUAAAAGGCCGUAAGAUUUUAAAAAGGACUGAGAUUAAAGAUGAAGUAUGCUGAUGGGUCCUACUGCGAUUCAUAAUUAAUGUGUUAAAGAUCCAAGCAGUCAGUGUAAAAUGCAGACGGUGGAUUUCAUAGCGGGGUAAAAUGUAGACCGCACCCUGCAUUUUACACCAACCAAGACCAGAGCAAUAUAUGAAACCAAAUGGGUACAAGUGGUAUGAACUUGAAUCUUUGUGGUCUCCAACA